AUGUCAGAAUUACCGUAUUUGGCAAUCGUUGGAGGUGGAAUUGCGGGACCUGCGCUGGCCCUCAGCCUCAAGAAACAUCACGGGAUUUCUUCUAUUGUAUAUGAGCUUCAGCCCAAGUACGACGUACGAGGAGUCAACAUAACUCUGGCACCUAACGCGUUGCGUGUUCUCCAGCAUGUUGGAGUCUACGACACGGUCCGCCCCCAGGGCUACAGAUACGAAAACAUUCAUAUGAGUAACGCCAGAUCUCAGGCCCUUGGAACAUUACGGCAGGGAAGCCCAAAACACUACAAUUUUUCCAGCCUCAGAAUCCACCGAGCUAUUGUCCAGAAAGCGCUCUUGGACGAAUUAAAAGUUCAAGGAAUUCCAGUUGUUUUUGGCAAGAAGCUGGUUCAACUACACGAGGAGAAAGAGUUUGUCGAGUUGGAGUUCGCUGAUGGAACUACCGCAAGGGCAUCUUUUGCCAUAGGAGCUGAUGGCGUGCAUUCAAGGGUUCGAGAUGCCAUCAUGGAAACUAAAACAAGCUAUAGUGGGUUCAUGGGCAUCAUUGGCAUGGGCGUCAAACGCGAAUCUCUUCACAAGUCAGCGAGCCAAGUCCCACUACCAAACUUUGUAUUCGGUAGCAGAGGUUUCGUUGCCAUCAUGCCAUCCAGUUACGAGGGGGAUAUGGUUGACUUCUUCUCGACUAUGCCCUAUCCUGCCCGAUCGAGGGAAGAAUGGAACGAGCUUGCCAACGACAAGACAAAAAUCCAAGAAAUCCUUCAACAGAGAUAUGGUAACGAGUGGCCCCAUUUUAUUUGCGACAUGACCAAGGAUUACGACAAAGAAGGUCUGAGCCUGCUGCCCUUUUUCGAAGUACCGCCCCUGGAGCGUUGGACAAGUAUCAAGCGAAGGGUAAUUUUAAUCGGUGAUUCUGCUCAUGCCUUCACACCUCAGGGCGGACAGGGUGCUGCCAUGGGACUUGAAGAUGCUGAGACACUCUCGCAUACUUUGUCUCACCCAGAUUUCAAAUCAGACUACGUGCGCCUGCUAACCGCCUGGGAGCGUCACCGGAUUGAGCGGCUGCGUCUCGUCAAGGAUUUCACCGACCUGAAUGGGCGGUUGAGAACUCCCGACACUGCCGUCAUUCAAUGGCUCAAGGAGUUACUUAUAUGGGGUCGCUUCAAGUGGACAGGUGAAUUGGGAAACUUGCAAUGGCUCCAUGGAUACAACGCUGAAGACAUUGUCCGCUUUUUCUAG